AUGAAGCCAAGAAUAAACUUUGAGAAUAUGAACACCACCACCACUAACAGCAACACAAACAACAACAACACAAACAACAACAACUCCAGCACACAAGACAGCGGCUACUUGGAGAGCAGUCCAACAACGUUGAAGAAUGAGAAGAGGAAGAUGAGGAAGGUGGUGGUGGAGAGAUUGAGGAGGGAGAGGAUAGAUAGGUGCCUCCAACAACUCCAGGACAUCCUCAUCCAAUCAAAUCCUCCUCCUACACAAUCAUCAUCAUCUCUUUCAACCGGAAGUCACCUUGAGAAGGCAGACAUCUUGGAAAAGACGGUAGAUCACGUGAGAGAUCUGGAGCGGAAGUUGCAUGAAGGGGUGAGCAGAGGUUACCAGGCUUGCAUGCAACAAGUUCAUGCGUACAUGCAACUACAUCGUCCAACUCAAACUGAUAAUGGUGAUGAUCUAAUUUCAUUCCUUCAUCAAAAUAUGGACUCUGCUCUUCACUCAUUCAAUGGAUCUUACAAACAAAUGAAAAACACGAACAGCGACUGCAAUAUCGUUCAUGGUGGCCCUGAAGACGGCGUUCUUCAGUCGUCAACAUCCGCCACCACCAACACUCACCAACACAUUUGGAAGGAAGCAACAACAAACAACAACGCGUUGACAUCAAUGAACUUUCCACCACACAACAACAUUCUAAACAACAACACGUCUGCAAACUCUUCCGACAACUACAAAAAUGUAAAAGACAAUUCAUUUGUAAACAACACUAACAACAACAACUGCAGUAUCAACAACAACAACAACAUCAUCAUCAACAACAUCAACAACAACAACAUCAUCAUCAACAACAUCAAUUCGUUAAACGACAUCAACAACAAACAUUCGAUCAACAACUACACAUGCAACAAAUCAGCCAACAACAGCACCAACCCCACCAACAACAGCAACAGUUCAACCAAGAACUAG